AUGAGAGCGGAACCCUCAGCGAAAUCCCGAUCAAGAGGAUGCACCGUUAACGAAUGCCAAACCAUGAUUCAAAGAAGUCUCCGGACUUCAAUGGUGAAAUUUUUGAAGGAGCAUAUGGAGAAAGCUGGGUGUAAGUUAGGGGAUAAUUUCAUCAAGGCAGUUCAUUGCGAUAGGCGGAUGGGGGGACACUUUCUUCGUGGUGAAGGGAUAAUGGUGUGUAGCAACCAUAUCAACAUGCAAGACGAGGUCAAUCAAAUGGUUAUACAUGGGCUUAUUCAUGCAUAUGAUGAAUGCCAUGCUGCAAAUUUGGACUGGACAAACUGUGCUCAUCAUGCCUGUAGUGAGAUUCGAGCUGGCCAUCUAAGUGGUGAUUGCCACUACAAACGUGAAUUGCUGCGUGGUUUUAUGAAGAUAAGGGGCCAUGAACAAGACUGUGUGAGGAGAAGUGUUAUGAAAUCAGUGACUGCUAAUACUUUCUGCUCCGAAACAGCUGCAAGGGAUGCCAUGGAGGCCGUGUGGGAUAUCUGUUACAAUGACACAAAGCCCUUUGACAGAGCUCCUUGAAAUUCGGUCAUAGCAACCCUAACCAGCUUCUGCUUGACAUUUCAUUACAAAUGAUUCAUGAAUGAAUCCUAUUUUUGUAUUGUAGAAUAGGAACAUGCCCUGGUUCUUUAAUUGCAUGCAUUUCAAUCUAAAAAUAAUAUUCAUUUCUCUAAGAAACAUUUUUCCCCUCUUGGAGAUGACCGGAAGGAAAGGAUUGUACCCUUUCUGAAUGUUCUACAAAUUCUAAACUAAUGGUUAUUGAGGUCAU